AGUCAAUUACAACAAAGAAAAAAAUUCUUAAUAAAUUUUAUAAAAAUAAUUAAAAUUUAAAAUUAAACUAAAUUUUUUUUUCUAAACACAACUCAUUGGAUUAUUUUAAAAAAAAUUAAAAAUCGAAUAACAAAAAAAUUACUUCUACACUGCAACCAAAUAUAAAAAAUAAAAAGAACAAAAUGCAUUUACCAGGUCCAACAUUAGUUGCAAAUCCCCAUCAUCAUCACCAUCACCAUAGCCAUCAUAAUCAUCAUCAUCCUAGUAAUAAUAAUAACAAUAAUAAUAAUUCAUCACCACGUAAUAAUCAUAACAGUCAUAAUAAUAAUAAUAAUAAUAAUAAUCAAAAUUCACCAUCAUCAACUUCAACAAAUAAUAGUAAUAGUAGUAGUGGUAAUAAUAAUAAUAACACAAAUAAUAAUAACAAUAAUAAUAGUAAUAAUAAUUCAUCAUCAAAUAACAAUAAUAAUAAUGGAAAUAAUAAUAAUAAUAAUAAUGAAUUACCACCAUCAAUGACUGAUAUGUUUGCUAGUUUACAUGAAAUGUUACAAGAAUAUCAUGGUGAAUUAGUACAAACUGGUUCACCAUCAAUAUUAUGUUCAGCUUUACCAAAUCAUUGGCGUAGUAAUAAAAGUUUACCUGGUGCAUUUAAAGUAAUUGCCUUAGAUGAUGUACAAGAUGGUACAUUAGUUACAAUUAAAUGUGGUAAUGAUGAAAAUUAUUGUGGUGAAUUACGUAAUUGUACAGCUGUUAUGAAAAAUCAAGUUGCUAAAUUUAAUGAUUUACGUUUUGUUGGUAGAAGUGGAAGAGGUAAAUCAUUUUCAUUAACAAUAUCAAUUGCAUCAUAUCCAAUGCAAAUAGCAACAUAUACAAAAGCAAUUAAAGUAACUGUUGAUGGUCCAAGAGAACCAAGAUCAAAACAAAGUUAUGGAUAUCCACAUCCAGGAUCAUUUAAUCCAUUCAUGUUAAAUCCAGCAUGGUUAGAUGCAGCUUAUAUGACAUAUGGUUAUGCUGAUUAUUUUAGACAUCAAGCAGCAGCAGUAGUUCAUCAUCCUGUUUUAUCAAAAGCAUCUCCAAAUGGUUUACCAACUACGGUGCCUGGAAAUGUUUUACCACCAUCGGUUGUACCUCCACCACCACCUCCUCCACCAAAUGCAUCCCAAUCAGAACCAUUUUUAUCACCGUCGAAUGGUUCAACACCACCAAUUCCAAAUAUAUCAUCACAAUCAACUCUAAUUCCUACAACACCACCAGGUUCAAAUUCACAUCAUACGACACCAUUAGGUUUAGUGCCAUCACCACCAUAUACAAUACCACAAUUUCCAUUUGGACCCGGUGCCCCACCAUUAGGACAUGUUGAUCUUAUACCUAAAAAUCCUUUCUUCCCAUACAAUUUAACAUCAUUGCGAAUGCAUAGUAUGAAUGGAUUACAUACACGUAUUCCAUCUUUAGGUGGCAGUAAUAAUAAUAAUGAAUCAAAUACAGGUAUUAAUCCAGCUCAUAUAUCACCUGCUUCAUCAAGACCAUCAUCUUCAAGUCCGCCACCUACAACAGCGGCAACAAUAACAACAGCAACUUCAAAUCAUAAAUUAAAUGCAUCAUUAGAAACAAGUUCAACACAUGAUCAUUCAUCAGUUGAAGAUUCUGAUGAUGAACAAAUUGAUGUUGUUAAAUCAGCAUUUAUACCAAUUUUAAGACCAAAUAAAAUAAUUAAAAUUGAAGAUUCUUGUGAUAAAUCAAUGGAUUCAACAUUAUCACCACAAAAUAGUCCACAAUCAAAACAAACUAGUCAUAGUCCUUUAUUACAAGUGCCGCCAUCUGCACAUCAUCAUCAUCAUCAUCACAAUCAACAUCAUCAUUUAUCUAAUCAUCCACAUAAUCAUCAUCAUCCACAUCAUCAACAUCAGCAGCAUCAUUCGCAUAAUCAUCAUCAGCAACAACAACUACAAAAUCAAAAUCAUUUACAUUCAUUACAAUCACAACUACAACAACAACAAGAACAAUUGUCAAAUAAUGUUACAAAACAAAAAUGUGAAUUGAAAGCUCCAUCAGCAAUGAAACCAAAUCUUCAUGAACCGUCUAGUCAAAGGCAACAAUCCAAAUCUCCUGACACAACAAAAUUGAAAUCAGACAUUGUACAACAAAAAACCGUUUGGAGACCAUAUUGAAGUAGAGGAAUCGAUUAAUAAAACCUAAAAAACAAAACAUAGAAAAAAAAACAAAAGUGAACACAGAUAGAAAGCUUAAAAAGGAAAAUAGUCUAACACAAUAAAAACAAGAAGGAAAACCAAAUAAACAAUUUUGUUAAAAAAAACAUACAAAAACUAAAUUGAAAGCAUAUAACAAGUGACACAGGAUCAGAUUUUUAUUGAGUCAAAGUGAGAUAAUAAGGCAUACAAAAAAUUAGAGAAAAAAGUUCAAAAAAACAACUAGAAAAAAAAUUCCUUCUGCUAACAGAAAUUCUUUUUAUUGGGAAUAAACUGGCUAAAUCAAAGAUUUGUACUUUGGACAAAGAGCAAUUAUAGGAUUUCUUUGUUAUUCUUCCUUUUAUUAUUCGCUUUUUUUUAUUGUUGUUGUACUUAUUGAACAUUAUAUACGGACAUAUGUACAGCAACGGAGUAGCACCAAUUUUUUUCUUUAGAAGUAAUCCGAGAACAUUUUAUUGUUUCAAUUGAAUGGAAUCGUCACAGAAAAUGAAAAAAUGGAAAAUAUUUGGAUUAAAUCGGUUUGCUUUAUUUUUUCUUUUUAAUUUCGAAAACAGUGCUAAUUUCUUUAUUUAAUUGGUUAAAAUUAAAGCUAUAUAAAUUUAAAUAAUGUUAGUGGAUAAAAUUACCAAUAUAAAGUAAUUUACAUCACAUAGAAGCACAGAUGUAAAGAAAAAAAUAUUUAAAAUAAAAUUUUGCAUUAAAAGUUGCAUUGUUACAACAUUUGAAAUGAAAAUUAAUUUGAGAUGAAAGGAAAAUUAUGAUGAUUGUGAUAAAAAUUCAAAUAGAGGACUGGACUAAUUUGGAUCUUAAAAAAAUUAAUUAACCUAGUAAUAGAGUCAAAAGAAUCUUCCUAUAAUUAAUUUGAAUUUCAUUAUUAAUUUUACUUUGAGAGUAUUGGUAUCUAAAAUAUAAAUUGUAAAUAAUUGAAAAAAGAAAUGUUAAAUGAAGAUUAAGCCACAAUUCAGAUUUAAAAACAGAAUUGGAUAGUUAGUUGGCGAAUGGGGGGAAAAUGAAGUAAAAAAAAAAUUACUUUAUGUUAAAUUAAUAAUUGUGAUAAUAAUUGUUAAGAUUUAUUAAAAUUAAAAACUAUAUAAUAUAAAAUCCCUUAUAUUUAAAAGAAAAAUUAAAAUAGUAUAAAUUUAGAAAAAAAAAAAAUUGUGUAAAAUUUUUAUCAAAUGUGCACAGCUACAAUAUAAACAGGCUUGAUAUUAUGGGCAAAAAAUGCACAUUAAUUAUAGUGUAAAUUGUAAAAUAUGAAAUUUAUGUAAAUAAAAUUUAGUAUUUUAAAUAAUGUGUAUAAAAAAUAGUGUAUAAGAAAUAAGAUAAAUUUUUAUGUACAUAAAAAUCAAAUUUGUGAAAAUAGCAAAUAACACUCUUUUAAAUGCGAAUUAUUCAAAAUCUUAAGAAAAUUGCUAUCAAUAACUUAUUUUAUAAUGCAAAUAUUUAAUACGAAUUGAAGAACUACAUAUUGCAUCCUAAGAAUAACAGCGUCAUAACGUUGAAUGCAAUAAAAUUGAAGUUAUGGGAAGAAAAAAGUUGCGUUUUAAUUUGCGUUCUUUUUUUGAAGGCAAAUUAGACUGAUUAAAAUUAUAUUAAAAAAAUUUUGAAAUUCAAAUUCUUGAAAUGUGACAAUAUUAUUCUGGGGAUGCAAUUAUGUAUGUACGUAUAUGCAAUUAUAGAUGUACGUAUAUAACAUGUGUAUGAGAAAAUAAAAAUACAAAAUAAUUUUCAACUUUCUUCAGUAAUAUUGAAUUGAAGUAUAUAUUGAAAGGUAAACAAGAUUUUGUUUUAAAAAUAAAGUGCGUACUAAUUGAAUUUCUUAAUUUACCCUAUAAAUGUUUCAUAUAGACAAAUGCAAGAAAGCAAAUGCAAUUUGUAUUUUAUUAUAUUUUUUCUUUAAUUGGAAAUUUUUAUAAAUAAAAUUAAUUCGCAACAUAAAUAUAGCACAGUUUUGACUAUUUAUAUAUCGCGAUAGCACUUCUUUUAUUACACACAUUCAUUUAAUAAAACAAUUAAUUAACGCUAUCACAAUUUUAAUGCACUUAAAGUGAUUGUACCUCGAUCUAAUAAUCUUGAUAAUUUUAAUAAGAGUCUUAAUUAAUUUAGUGCGAAUACAAAAUCAGAAGAUACAAGGAAAACUGAUUAUUAACAAAAAUUUUUGUUGAUAUUUAAACUGUACACAAUCAUAAAUGUUUCUACACAAUUUCAAAUUCAUUCAGCUAUAGAGAUUUUUUUGCUUUUGUGUUUGUUGAUUUGUAUUACUU